UAGGACAUUCGGAGUCCCCUUAAACCCUAGUUCUUCAAAUGCUGUGUUUCACUGCUCAGUCCGCUCAACCCCAUCCAUGGCUUUAGUAAGAACCCUCCUCUCUCGCCGCUUCCAUUCCCUCCUGGAAUCGCACAAUCUCGCUUUUUUCGACCACAUUGUCCAUUCAAACCCUCGUUGUUCCCGCAAAAACCCUCCUUUCCAGCCCAGACCCUUCGCCUCUUCUUCUCAAACCCUCGCAGAAUCAGCCCCAACGCAUGGCAUAAAGACGUUGCAUUUUCUCUUUCAGGAACCUUCAGAACAGAGAAUCGAUUACAGGAAGCUCGUAGGAAAAUCGAAACAAGGUGAAGCCGCGGGUUUGUCGGAGAAAACUGGGCAUAAGGAUAGUGAAGUUGGGCGCUUCGAGAAGAAGAAGCCGGGGAAGAAAUUGAAGAAAUCCGGGGAAUCGAAAGUAAAACUCGUGCAAGAAGAGGAGGAGGAGGUGGAAGGAAAAUCGAAACAUGGUAAAGCCGUUUGUCUGUCGGAGGAAACAGAGGAUAAGAAAAGUGAAGUUAGACGUUUAAAAGCCGAAAAGAAGAAGCGGAAAAAGAAGUUGAAGAAACCCAUGGAAUGGAAAAUAAAAUUCAUAGAAGAAGAGGAGGUCGUUGUGGGGGAGCUCCAUGGAAAACCAACACAUAGUGAAGCCGCGAGUUUGUCGGAGGAAACGGAGCACGAGAAAAGUGAAGUAGGACGCGUAAAAGACGAAAAGAAGAAGCCGAAGAUGAAAUUGAAGAUUCCCGGGACAGGGAACGUUAAAUUCAUAGAAGAGGAGGAGGAGGUUCUUAAGGGGGAGCAACCGAAGAAACCUGAGCCGAAGAGAUUGUUUGAUUUGUUUAGUCAAGGGGAGAAAUCGAACGAAGCUGAUUCGAAGAGAUUUAGUCCUGCAAUCGCUCCUGUUGAAACGCAUAAGGAAGUGAAACAGAGGGAGCCAACUGGUUCGAAGAAGGUUUCGUUGGACAUGGAACUAUUCCUGUCUUAUUUAUACAAAGAAGGGUAUUUUAGAGACGCCAACUUUGUCAAGAGUAAAAAGUUUGAUCUUAGCUGGUUCGAUAAUGAUUAUGCCCGGUAUUAUACAUUGUCUGCUGCGCAAAAGUUAGGCAAAGACAAGCAAGAAAUCUCCAAAUGGCUGUCAGGAAGUGACUUGAAGCAGGUGGCAAUGUUUGGCUGCCCCUCUACUAGCAGGUCACAAGUCUUUGCUUCUAAAAGACUGCGAACCUAUUUUAAGAUUCCAGAGAACACUGUUUGCUGUAAAUGUGUGCUGAGAGAUUCAUGCAAGUUUGUGAAUCAAAGUGUUUGGCGGACUGAUAAAAACAAUUUGGAUUUGGCUGUGACAAUGAAGGUCAUUUGCUCUUAUUCCAUGUCUAUAGUGGAUCCUGGGCUGGUUGUUCCUGAUAAAGUAAACAAUUCAAUCAAUCGGUUGCUAAAGGAGGUUCUGAAACUGAGUCUAACCUUCUGAUAAUGCUUCCGGUUCCCCCUCUUUUCACAAUUCUAUCUGAAGAGUUUGGAUAUAUACAGAACACGUGAUCAGAUGAAUCACAGCCUUCUUCAAUAACUAGGUAAACUUUCUUCCAUUAAACUGAGUCUAACCUUCUGAUAAUGCUUCUGGUUCUAGGUAUAUAACCAAAAUUGAUUUGCCUUGUUUUCCCCUCUUCUGACAAUUCUAUCUGAAGAAGUUAGAUAUAUACAGAACAUGUGAUGACAUGAGUCACAGCCUUCAAGUUCUAGGGAUUCAUCUGUUAUUCGCUGGCUGGUUGCAAGUGUAAUCGGGCCUUGCAAAUCCUUUUGAAGAUUGCUUUUCCGACCAGGGAAGCAUUACAAUUCCUUUAUUUUUCUGAUGGGCCAUGGAGGUGAAAGUACGCUCUGUUGGCUGAUUCUUUUAAGCGAGUGUCAGUGAUGUGAAGAAUACGAAAGGAUACAAGAUGAAAAUUAUCAUCCAUGAGAGCAAGUUGAUUGUUGAUGAGCUGCUAUUCAGAACCACUUGCCUGCAAACGUCAAUAGAUGCUUCAUGUCGGCUUAUAAUUUGUUAUUAAUUUUUGCCCUUUUGUCUACCCGUUUCCACGGGAUUUUUGUUUUUGGGGGACAAUAUACCAUUAAGAUUGAGGCAAAUAUAAUGUCAAAGCAAGGGUUCAUUUUUAAGAAAAGAAUCAUUGUAUUUUGUUUACACCACUUUUUUUUUUUUCAUUUUUAUAAUUCGCUAAAAUUCAAUCCUACCAAAAUCAUGUAAGUUACAAAGUUUUAUGUUAUUUUAUAUUUUAUAUUUUAUUUUAAA